AAACGAGUUCGUAUCGGCCGAUGGUUUUUAAAAGAGCGAGAGAAGCCGGUGAUAAAAGCAGUGCAGCGAGUUUCUGGCUGAUUGAUCAAUUGGGUCACCGCAAAGGAAAGUUUCAUAUCCAAAUUCAGGAGGUCACUCGUCCGCUUCGAAAUCGUUUUCAAUGCUCCAAUUAUGCGCGAACUUGGAUAAAACUCCGUCGAACAUCGACGAUACACGCAAGCCGCCUCGCGAGUAUAGCUAUAUAUACAUCAUUGGCUGGAGGUUUAACGGGGCCCAUCGGAAAAAUCUCGGGGCUCAUUACCAUUCCGCGGACGUAAGUGCAGUAGGUCAGACACGACAACGACGACGACGACUGUGUAUAUACAGCCGGCAAUUUCGUAGAAAGUGACUUCGCCGCUGGAAUUCGUUCGCUAUAUGAUUCACUGCGUUUUAGGCUCCUUCGAUAGAAGCAGCCUUGAACUUGGACGAUUUUCAAGCCACGUAUAUAGAGUUUUUAUUUAUCUUACGUAUUCUGCAAUAUAACACCUCGCGGGAGAUCGAUACGCGCGUCUACAUGAGCUUAACCCAGAUUCGCUCGCGACAAUAAAAUCCAAAACCGAAUGGCUUUUCCACGAACUCACGCAAGCACACUUGGAAUUCCUGACGUUCCCGGGCACACGCGAUCGUAUGUAAUACGCCAGCAGGAAGCUUAUAUGUAUAUGCACGGCUAUAGAUAUACAUAUAUAGACACAUGCGCGGCGCGGAGCUACCGGUAACGGUAGGCGUUCGGUAUUCCUACGUCCUCCUAUUCCAACGGGUUCUCUCGGCCGGCUUAAUUUAUGCGCUUAGCACUUUCGGCCUAUUGGCUCCAGACAAAUUUCUCCUUCGCGCCGCGCGAAUCCGCGCGCCGAUAAGCUUAUUUCGCGCGCGUACCGGUUCUCUGUGUGUACGCUCGGGAUAUAACGAUAAGGACGGCUAAUAAAGUGCGCACCAGAGUCUCGGGGAGUGAAAAAUCGUCGAAUUUCGCGGGGAUUACGCUAGCGGCGAUUAUACGGCCAUAAGCUGACCCACUUCCUCGUGCUAUUGAAAUAACAAGGCGCGAGUUGCAUCGGAAGAAAGCGAGGGCAUCGAUACACUUGUAAUCCUGUUUGAUGGCUCGCGGGAAGAUUAUAUGUCUGCUAGUCAUGUUCCUCGCCAUGACAUCGGCCUUUUCCAUCGCCGAGAUUCCACAGGCCAAAGGUCGAAAGCUGUUCGGCGGCUAUCGAAUAGCGCCCAAGGUCUGCCAGGCGACGAACCCCUCCCGGAUCAAGUCCGACCAGCCGGCCAUCUGCAUGUUCAACUACGAGUGCAGUCGACGUCGCGGCGAGGUCGUGGGCGCCUGCAUGGACGGCUUCCUCUUCGGCGCCUGCUGUCAGCUCCCGCCGAAGCAGUCCGGCGAGGCCCUCGAGAAGGUCACGAUCCUCGAGGACCCGCUGAUCAACGUCCACGAGAUCGACCACGUGCCCGACAUCCCCAUACUGCUGAACCCCGACGGGACACCCGUGGGCCAGGAGAGCACGACCAAGAGCAGCUUCCUCUCCACCAAGUCCUCCGUCUCCAGCACGAAGGACAGCUUCGAGAACGCGGAGAAGCCACAGCUGGCCAACUUCAGCUACCUGGAGGACAACUUCGGUGCGCUGCUGGGCAACGACCAGGUGAUGGACGACCUGAAACUGCCGUCGCUGAUCACCCACUCGGACGCGAACAACGACAUCCAGGAGCCCGUGGACAAUCCGGUGACGACCGUGCUGAGCCCCGACCAGAUCUUCCAGGUGGCUGAUCCCGUGGACCAGUUGCCCGCCCUCUUCUCCCACGGGAUCCACCCCAGCAACGACAGCGCCGGCGACGCCGAGACCAUUCUGCUGAACGAGAACGGCACGACUCUCCACGAGUCCCACAACCCGGACGAGCUCUUCAGACCGGCGAGUCCGACGGAGAAGGCUCCGGUCACCGGCUUCUUGAAGCUGGGAAUCCAGACGACCACCACCCAGAGACACUCGGUCGCGCAGAAGACCGAGACCACCGAGAGGACGUCGAUCAAGGCCGCCACUACCCAGUCGACCAGACCGAAUACGCACGGCAGCUUCUCGUACCAGGAGAAGAGCAGCACCGCGGCUCAGACCAAGAAGACCACCUCGGCCACGAAGAAGGUCACGACUCCUGCGUCGUCCACGACGAAGGAGAAGUCCACUUACGCGGCGACGAAGUCAACGGCGUCCGUCAAGAGCGAGACCACGACUCCCAUGAGUCUGACGACCAGGAACGCCGAGGACCUGGUGAGGGUGCCGACCAUCACCUACGGAGGCCAGGGCGGCAACAAGAAGCACGACGAGCUCGACAAGGAGGAGAUCGCCAUCAACCACAUCAUCUCCCUUCUGAACGACACGAGCGACGCCAAGAUUACCACUCAGGUGACGAACGGACCCACGACGUACAAGUGGGUGAGCACCGAGUCGUCGCCCAAACCGACGCUGGUCAAGAUCAAGACGACCCGGCCCACAGCCGUCACGACGGAGUCCCUGCCUCCGUCCUACUACACCUCGAACACGUCCCCCAACCACUACUACUACAGCACCGCCACGACCGAGCCGUCGAGGUUGACCAGCUACUACACGUCCCCGGGAUCCUCCAGCUCCUUCUCCACCCAGGCGGGCAGUUACGACGGCAGCAGCAGUUACCCCUACUCUUCGAGGCCCACGACCAACCCACCGGCUCCCACCGUGAUCGUCCUGGGACCUCUGGGCACCGAGUACACGACCAUACCGACCCAGAGCACGCCCAGCAGGUUCGGCGUCAACAGCCAGAAGUACCCGGACAAGGUGUCCAACACCAUCAGGCCGACGACGCUGAGCACGAAGAAGCCCAGCGUGGCCACCACGCUGACGCACAACAUCAGCACCGUCAUCUCCGGGAAUAAGCAGGUGGUGUCGGUCAGUUACAUCAGCGUGAACCUCAAGGACGGAACCACCUUGUCGCCGACGACGAUCAAGGACAGCCUGGAGACGGAGGCUGCGACGGCCUCCGAGAAGCCCGACAAGAAAGUCGUCACCAAGCGGCCCUCGACCAUCUACACGACCCUGACCUCCUGGUCCCAGAAGCCCAGCUUCCACCUCAAGCCCUCGUCGCCCAACUUCAACUGGCCCAGCGAGUACAGCAGCGACGGCGAGAAGGUCACCAGGCCGGGCUUCACCACCACCGGCUCCAACUGCGAGGAGGAGACAGCCGCGUCGGACGACGUCAACAACUUCCCCCCGGUGCGUCACCCCGAGCUCGAGUCCGGAGUGGCGCAGCUGCACCAGGACAAGCCGACUCUGGUCGAGCCCGGCGACAUCAUCAGCGAGGACGAGAUCCCCACGCCGGACUUUGUCGAGGACGCCGAGCUCAACAACAAGGUCGACGUGUUCGUCAACAAGAUCGUCGAGUCGCUCCAGGGUAACUUCCAGAACCUCAAGGACGUGGUGUACAAUCCGAAGAACGUGACCACGGUCAGCCAGUCGAACGCCGUGACCAAGAGACCGACCGUCUCGGCGACGACGAGGAAACCCACGGCCAAGCCGACGGUCAAGGGAACCAGGAGGCCGACCAGCAGGUUGACCACCACGCCAAAGACGCCCACCCUGAAGCCCAGACCCACGUCCACCGGGAGCAGGAAACCCACGACCACCAAGCGCACAAGCAAACCUGUCAAGCGGAUCACCACGACGCUGCCCAGCACCGACGCAGCCCCCUACGACACCACCACCCCGGCCCCUAGGCCCACCGAGGUCACGACCACCAUUCCCGAGAUCACGCCCAACUCGGACUUCCGAUCGAUAUGCGGAAUCAGACCACUGAUGAAGACAGGCAGGAUCGUCGGCGGCAAGGGUGCCACCUUCGGCGAGUGGCCCUGGCAGGUGCUGGUCCGCGAGGCCACCUGGCUGGGACUGUUCACCAAGAACAAGUGCGGGGGUGUCCUCAUCACGGACAAGUACGUCAUCACGGCGGCCCACUGUCAGCCCGGAUUCCUGGCCUCGCUGGUCGCGGUGUUCGGCGAGUUCGACAUCUCCGGCGAGCUGGAGUCCCGUCGCAGCGUGACGCGGAACGUGCGCCGAGUGAUAGUGAACCGGGCUUACGACCCGGCGACGUUCGAGAACGACUUGGCCCUGCUGGAACUGGAGACGCCCAUCCAUUUCGACGCGCACAUAGUGCCGAUCUGCAUGCCGGACGACAACACCGACUACGUCAAUCGCAUGGCAACCGUCACCGGCUGGGGCCGUCUCAAAUACAACGGAGGCGUGCCAUCGGUGCUGCAGGAGGUGAAGGUGCCCAUAAUGGAGAACUCGGUCUGCCAGGAGAUGUUCCAGACGGCCGGACACCAGAAGCUCAUAAUCGACAGCUUCAUGUGCGCCGGGUACGCGAACGGCCAGAAGGACUCAUGCGAGGGCGACAGCGGCGGUCCCUUGACCCUCCAGCGGCCGGACGGCAGGUGGAUCCUCGUCGGCACCGUCUCCCACGGCAUAAAGUGCGCGGCUCCGUACCUGCCCGGCGUCUACAUGAGAACCACUUACUUCAAGCCCUGGCUGCACAGCGUCACCGGAGUCUGAUGUCCACGGCUUAUCAUCCAAGACUGAUGACGACGACGACUAGAGUGCGAUGACCACGUGCCACUUGUAUAAAUUGUAAAAAGACGAAAGAUUAAUUAAUUUAUUUAUUUUAAAUUAUUACUAUCAUUACUACUGUAAUUAUAUAUACUGUUGGCGGAGCCGCGAGAGCCGCAUGUACAUAAUACAGAUCGUGAACGAAAGAUAUAAGAAAGAUAAGGAAAUAACACUAACUCUUCGCUAAGAUUAUCAUUAUGUAAUAUUAAUUCCCAUGUAAGCGUAUACAUAAGUCUCUAUAUAUUUAUGUUCACCGCGUUGUUAGCUGUUAUCCGUCAAUUAAACUUAUUUUUUAUACGAAAAAGAA